UAAAAGGGCAACAGAAAGCCAAAAUCGUCGCUGCUUUCCGCUGUUUUAGUUAUAUGACAAAAGAGAAGCUUGUAAAAGCAGCCUAUGGCUAUGGGUUCUUAGCCUUUGCUCUCAAGCUUGCGGUUCCUCAAAACCACCUGCGUAACUAACUUUAAAAACUCCAUGUAACCUUUUCAGUUCAGAUGAAGAACUCCAAAAAAGCAGAGGCUGUCUGAUUUUUCUCUGCUUAAAACAGCUAAGCAAAUUCCACGCACACAAACGUAGAGGCUUCAUGUCUGAUACAGAGCUUGUUCUCUUUCUUCUUCCAUCAAUUUUAUCUCUUCUUCUAAUCUUCAUUCUCUUUCAAAGAAAGCAUGCCAGAUUCAAUCUCCCACCAGGCAACAUGGGCUGGCCAUUUAUUGGUGAAACCUUUGCCUACUUGAAGCCUUACUCUGCUACUUCAAUUGGAGAUUUCAUGGAAAAGCAUAUCUUAAGGUAUGGGAAGAUAUACAAGUCCUAUUUAUUUGGGGAGCCAACAGUAGUCUCUGCAGAUGCUGGACUCAAUAGAUUUAUACUACAGAAUGAAGGGAGGUUAUUUGAAUGCAGCUAUCCAAGAAGUAUUGGUGGAAUUCUUGGAAAGUGGUCUAUGCUGGUUCUAGUUGGAGACUUGCAUAAAGAUAUGAGGACUAUAUCUCUCAACUUUCUGAGCCAUGCCAGGCUCAGGACUCAACUAUUGAGAGAGAUGGAGAGGCAUACCUUGCUUGUUCUUAACUCCUGGAGGGAGAAUUCUAUAUUUUCAGCUCAGGAUGAAGCAAAGAAGUUCACCUUCAAUUUGAUGGCGAAACACAUCAUGAGCAUGGAUCCUGGAAAGCCAGAGACUGAGCAGCUGAAGAAAGAGUAUGUUACUUUCAUGAAAGGAGUGGUAUCUGCUCCAUUAAAUUUGCCCGGCACUGCGUACAGGAAAGCCUUGCAGUCUCGAUCAAUCAUCCUGAAUUUUAUACAGCAGAAAAUGGAAGAAAGAAUUGGGAAAAUGAAGGAAGGAGAAGAAAAUUUGGAGGGAGAUGAUCUUCUUGGAUGGGUUUUGAAGCAUUCAAAUCUUUAUGGUGAGCAAAUCCUUGACUUGAUACUGAGCUUGCUCUUUGCCGGCCAUGAAACUUCCUCAGUAGCCAUAGCUUUAGCUAUUUAUUUCUUGGAGGCUUGUCCAAGUGCUAUCCAGCAGUUACGGGAAGAACACCUGGAAAUUGCAAGAGCAAAGAAGCAAUCAGGAGAGAAAGAAUUGAACUGGGAAGAUUACAAGAAAAUGGAAUUCACUCAAUGUGUAAUUAAUCAAGCAUUCUUCUUUUCUUGUUAUGCCAAAAAACAUUCUAACAGAAAUAAUAAACGAGUGUUUUUGUAUGUGAAGGUUAUCAGUGAGACACUUAGGCUUGGAAACGUAGUGAGAUUCCUGCAUAGGAAAGCUCUGAAAGAUGUUCAUUAUGAAGGUUAUGACAUUCCACGUGGAUGGAAAGUGCUACCAGUGAUUGCAGCCGUGCAUUUGGAUUCUUCUCUUUUUGACCAUCCCCAACACUUCAAUCCAUGGAGAUGGCUGCAGACGCAGAGUAGUCAUUGCUUCAUGCCAUUUGGGGGAGGACCAAGAAUUUGCGCAGGCUCAGAGUUGGCAAAACUCGAAAUGGCCGUUUUCAUCCACCAUUUGGUGCUUAAUUAUCAAUGGGAGUUAGCCGAUCAUGAUGAAGCUUUUGCCUUUCCAUUUGUCGAUUUUCCUAAAGGCUUGCCUAUCAGGGUGGUCAAGCUCCACAAUUUUAUAUAGAAUUAAACAAAACAAAUUCACUUGUUAUACAUGCAGACAAAUCGCUCAUCAUCCUCAUAUCAGCCUCUGCAAAGCCCAUGGAAGACGUUUAUAUAGCUUGUAACAUUACUGAAGAAGGCAACAGGUCGUCUCGUUUGUAUGUGAAGAUUUUGAGCCCCUUGGACUAUUCUGUUCCCAACGGUCUAGUGUAUAAGUUUAUUUCUUUUGAUGUUUUAUAUGUAGCAGCUCACGUGAAUAAUUUCAAAUUACACAAUUACUAGGUGAAUAAAUUCACGUGAAUGAGACGAAAAAUAAUUCUUUGAUAAAUUUUAUAAUAAAUCAUAAGAAAAUUUAAAUUUAAA